AUUAAACACAAAGACCAUUGGUCAUAUAUUAUUGGAAAUGCAAGUGUAAUUUAGCUGCGCAGUCAUCAGCUUAAAAUAUUAAGGAAAAUACGUCUAAUGGUGAAAGUACUGCUGCGCGAGUACUUCCCCGACGCGAGAGAAUGUCGCAUGAACUCAACUCACAGGCGCGGUUGAUCUGCUGCUAGGGUAUUACCCAGAGCGAUAAGUAAUGCGACGGAACUAUUCGGGGCCGAGAAUGUCACGAGUACAUCCCCGAGGAUUUAAAAUUUGUAUAUAAGCAGCCGAGGCAAAGCGAACAAGCAUCAAAAGCUGUUCCACACUUCGAGCGAAAACAUUUCUUAUUUUCGUAUAAAGAAAUAAAUAGUGUCAUCAUGAAGCUGUUAGUUUUUGUGUUGGCCUUAUCGUGCGCUAUCGUCUACACGAACGCUGACUUGUCAAAGAAAGCAUCGCUGCCGCAAUCAACCGGUCCAUAUCUUUCGGUUCCAUCACAUGAACCGCGUUUUCGUCGCCAAGCCAAUUUACAACUCCAAGAACCAAAAAGAGGUUCGAUAACAUUUCAAGGGACGCAACCUUUGAGUGGCCCACAGCGUCAACCAACCUGGGAUCUCAACGCCAAUGCAAAUGUCUUUAACAAUGGCCGCACAACGGCGGACGUUUAUGGAGGAUUGAAUAAAGUACCUGGACAACGAGUGCAACCGCACUUCGGCAUCCAGGCUGAGAGAAACUUCGGCAAUAAUGGCUUCAUCAGAGGUCAAACUCAAUUUCAACAAGGUCCACGAGGUCACAGACUUUCUCCCUCAGUUGGUAUAACUGGUGGCUUCCGAUUCAGGAGAGAGGCCGAGCCUCAGGGAACUUCACUAAGCUUCCAUGGAACGCAACCUCUGAGCGGUCCAAUGCGUCAACCUACCUGGGAUCUCAAUGUUAAUCGUAAUAUUAUGAACAAUGGCCACACGACCGCUGAUGUCUACGGAGGAUUAAAUAAAGUACCUGGACAACGAGUGCAACCGCACAUCGGCAUCCAGGCUGAGAAGAAUUUUGGCAACAACGGUUUUAUCAGAGGUCAUGGUCAGGUUCAGCCAGGUCAAGGAGGUCACGGAGUCUCUCCUUCAGUGGGUAUUACUGGUGGAUUCCGAUUCAAGAGAGAGGCCAAUCCUCAAGGAACUUCGCUAAGCUUCCAAGGUACGCAACCUCUGAGCGGUCCAAUGCGUCAACCUACCUGGGAUCUUAACGUUAAUCGUAACAUUUUGAAUAAUGGACAUACAACCGCUGAUAUUUACGGAGGAUUAAAUAAAAUACCUGGACAACGAGUGCAACCGCACUUUGGCAUCCAGGCUGAGAGAAAUUUUGGCAACAGUGGCUUUAUCAGAGGUCAAACCCAGUUUCAACCAGGUCCGCGCGGUCACGGACUCUCUCCCUCAGUUGGUGUAACUGGUGGCUUCCGAUUCAGGAGAGAGGCCGAGCCUCAGGGAACUUCACUAAGCUUUCACGGAACGCAACCACUGAGCGGUCCAAAUCGUCAACCUACCUGGGAUCUCAAUGCUAAUCGUAACAUCUUAAACAAUGGCCACACAACCGCGGACAUUUAUGGAGGAUUGGGUAAGGUACCUGGACAACGAGUGCAACCACACAUCGGCAUCCAGGCUGAGAGAAAUUUUGGCAACAAUGGUUUUAUCAGAGGUAAUGGUCAGCUUCAGCCGGGUCGAGGAGGUCACGGAGUCUCUCCUUCAGUCGGUAUUACUGGUGGCUUCCGAUUCAAGAGAGAAGCCAAUCCUCAAGGAACUUCGCUAAGCUUCCAAGGUACGCAACCUCUGAGCGGUCCAAUGCGUCAACCUACCUGGGAUCUCAACGUUAAUCGUAACAUUUUGAAUAAUGGACAUACAACCGCUGAUAUUUACGGAGGAUUAAAUAAAGUACCUGGACAACGAGUGCAACCGCACUUUGGCAUCCAAGCUGAGAGAAAUUUUGGCAACAGUGGCUUUAUCAGAGGUCAAACCCAGUUUCAACCAGGUCCGCGCGGUCACGGACUCUCUCCCUCAGUUGGUGUAACUGGUGGCUUCCGAUUCAGGAGAGAGGCCGAGCCUCACGGAACUUCACUAAGCUUUCACGGAACGCAACCACUGAGCGGUCCAAAUCGUCAACCUACUUGGGAUCUCAAUGCUAAUCGUAACAUCUUGAACAAUGGCCACACAACCGCGGACAUUUAUGGAGGAUUGGGUAAGGUACCUGGACAACGAGUGCAACCACACAUCGGCAUCCAGGCUGAAAGAAAUUUUGGCAACAAUGGUUUUAUCAGAGGUAAUGGUCAGCUUCAGCCGGGUCGAGGAGGUCACGGAGUCUCUCCUUCGGUCGGUAUUACUGGUGGUUUUCGAUUCAAAAGAGAAACCGAAGAUCUCGAUGAAGUAGAGUCCACCGAAGAGUAUUAAAACAAUUUCAGGAUAACAAAUAAUGUGCAUAUAUAAAAUUUUAUAGAAAACUACCAUUUAACCCUUUACAUAUUAUAAAAUUAUAUUUAUAUACCAAAUAUGUAUUGUAUUCAAUAGAUUAUUUAGAGAUUACAAUUUUUUGAGGCUAUUUUAUAAAAUAUGUAAUAUACGUGUAUUUAAAUAAAUAUUUUUUUAAAUAUA